UCCACCCAUUCUUCCUUAUAUUCUUUUCAGAAAUCGGAUCAAUGGGUAAAGCUAAUCCCUUUUCCUUCGUCUCUCUUCCAUCUCGAUCUACUUCACCUCGCCCUUCAUUUCCUCUCGUCAUUCCUGUUUUGUGAAGGCCAAUCAAAAUGGAAACACCUAGUCGAGCCUCCCUUCAUCCCUUGACCUCGAUCUUCUAGUCCUACUUCAGGAACUUCUACCGCGACGAUGGAGAUGGCGGCGUCCGGGCAACGUAACGAUUUCAUCGAGGGAUUUGAUUUCGGUUAGGUUUGUGAUUAUAUUUCGAUUUGGAUUUGUAUGUUGGUCGGUUUUGAUUUCACCGAGAGAGUAGAAAAGGGGAAGGCCGGUGACUCUGAAGUGUGAACCUUACCGGCGGCCAAAUGGACCGACGAUUGGUGGCCGGUUGGCAAGGGCGCCGCCGCCGACAGCAGAACAAUGCCACAUACGAGGACCCUCUGUGGAGGUAAUAGGAGAUCGUCGUCACCUGUUCCAAGUUUCGCCGGCAGCGAAGGUGACGAUGGCAGGAGAAACCCUAUAGUUAUCAAGAAAGGCAACAAUGGCGUGAAACAAAUCGGGAGGGUCAUCAGUAGCUUCAUAGAGAAUAUUAUUGUAUGAUUUUGUUGUAAAUGGCAGGAGAAUUUUUCUUUUUACCUUUAUUUUUAUUUUAGCGGUAUGAUUUACAAAGUAAAAUCUAAAUAACAAUUUUAUAU